AUGAAGAACACCAAGGAGACCAAAAGACAAGAGACCAAUCAGGAGGAGGGAAACCAAGUGAAGAAUGAAGAACACCAAGGAGGCCAGAAGACAAGAGACCAAUCAGGAGGAGGGAAGCCAAGUUGGGGAAGAGCGCAGGGCCCGGAGGAGCCCUGCGUGGUGCACUGGGUUAGGGUUAGGGUAAUAUAUAGGGAGCCCUAUACCUGCACUGAAUCUGGAUCAGAGACUGCAUCUGGAUCAGAAUCUGAAUCUGGAUCAGAGACUGGAUCUGGAUCAGAAUCUGGAUCUGGAUCAGAGACUAGACUGAAUCUGGAUCAGAAUCUGAAUCUGGAUCAGAAUCUGGAUCUGGAUCAGAGACUGAAUCUGGAUCAGAGACUGAAUCUGGAUCAGAGACUGAAUCUGGAUCAGAAUCUGGAUCUGGAUCAGAGACUGAAUCUGGAUCAGAGACUGAAUCUGGAUCAGAGACUGGAUCUGGAUCAGAGACUGAAUCUGGAUCAGAAUCUGGAUCUGGAUCAGAGACUGAAUCUGGAUCAGAGACUGAAUCUGGAUCUGAAUCUGGAUCAGAGACUGGAUCUGGAUCAGAAUCUGAAUCUGGAUCAGAGACUGAAUCUGGAUCAGAAUCUGGAUCUGGAUCAGAAUCUGGAUCUGGAUCAGAGACUGAAUCUGGAUCAGAAUCUGGAUCUGGAUCAGAAUAUGGAUCUGGAUCAGAGACUGAAUCUGGAUCAGAGACUGAAUCUGGAUCUGAAUCUGGAUCAGAGACUGGAUCUGGAUCAUAAUCUGGAUCUGGAUCAGAGACUGAAUCUGGAUCAGAGACUGAAUCUGGAUCAGAAUCUGGAUCUGGAUCAGAGACUGAAUCUGGAUCAUAAUCUGAAUCUGGAUCAGAGACUGAAUCUGGAUCAGAGACUGAAUCUGAAUCUGGAUCAGAAUCUGGAUCUGGAUCAGAAUCUGGAUCUGGAUCAGAGACUGAAUCUGGAUCAGAAUCUGGAUCUGGAUCAGAGACUGAAUCUGGAUCAGAGACUGAAUCUGGAUCAGAGACUGGAUCUGGAUCAGAGACUGAAUCUGGAUCAGAAUCUGGAUCUGGAUCAGAAUCUGGAUCUGGAUCAGAGACUGAAUCUGGAUCAGAGACUGAAUCUGGAUCAGAAUUCUGGAUCAGAGACUGAAUCUGGAUCAGAGACUGAAUCUGAAUCUGGAUCAGAAUCUGGAUCUGGAUCAGAGACUGAAUCUGGAUCAGAAUCUGGAUCUGGAUCAGAAUCUGGAUCUGGAUCAGAGACUGAAUCUGGAUCAGAGACUGCAUCUGGAUCUGAAUCUGGAUCAGAGACUGGAUCUGGAUCAGAAUCUGGAUCUGGAUCAGAGACUGAAUCUGGAUCAGAGACUGAAUCUGGAUCAGAAUCUGGAUCUGGAUCAGAGACUGAAUCUGGAUCAGAAUCUGAAUCUGGAUCAGAGACUGAAUCUGGAUCAGAGACUGAAUCUGAAUCUGGAUCAGAAUCUGGAUCUGGAUCAGAGACUGAAUCUGAAUAUGGAUCAGAAUCUGGAUCUGGAUCAGAAUCUGGAUCUGGAUCAGAGACUGAAUCUGGAUCAGAGACUGAAUCUGAAUAUGGAUCAGAAUCUGGAUCUGGAUCAGAAUCUGGAUCUGGAUCAGAGACUGAAUCUGGAUCAGAAUCUGGAUCAGAGACUUGA